AUGGCUGCAUGCCGCCAAGGCAAAGCGGUACGUCCUGUAAUGCGGGUACUGGCGUAUGCCGCUGUAGUAUGGGCAGCAAUCUCUGGUGUGUAUUGUGAGCAGGUAUCAUACUUGCUCGAGGAGGUAUCGACUCGCGCGGUUGCAGGGCGUUUUGUGCACAUUACCGAUAUGCAUCUGGACAAGCACUACCAAGACAAUGCCUCCAUCGCCUCGUCUUGCCACCGCAUUUCGCCCAACGCUGCGCAGCGUGCCGGGCACUGGGGCACGCCGCUGAGCGACUGUGACUCACCGCGCAUUUUGGGCAACGCGUCCCUUGCAUGGCUGCGCGACAAUUGGCGCUCGGAGGAGAACAGAACAUUUGAUUUUAUUUUGUGGACUGGGGACUCGGUGCGGCACGAUAAUGACAAAGACACGCCACGCACGGUGCAGGAGACAAUGGAAGCGGUACGCUUUUCUGCACAGCUGUUGCAGCACUACUUCCCUGGCAUCCCCAUCGUGCCUAAUUUGGGAAACAACGACGUGUUCAAGCACAAUAUCAUGCUUCCUGGCCACUCCAAGGAAUUGGAUGCAUUCUUGGACGCUUGGCGGGAUUUAAUUCCGCACGACAUGGUUGAUUCUUUCCGCAAGGGCGGCUACUUUGCCACGGAAGUAAUUCCUAACACACUCGGCGUCAUUAGCCUCAAUACCCUCUACUUUUACGACACGAACAGUGCCGUCGCUGGCUGUCCGCGCCGCGUAUCUGGUGCUCUGGAGGAAGAGGCAGAUAUAGGCACUGUGCAGCUCGAAUGGCUUAUGGAUCAGCUAUUGCGCUUCCGCCAGCGGAAUAUGCAAGUGCACAUUAUUGGACAUGUGCCUCCCACGUUUGGCAAAUACUUCCCGCGCUGCUUCGACGCCUAUACAGAGCUUGUGAUCCAGUUCCAGGACACCAUCGUCGGUCAACAUUUUGGGCACAUGAAUAUGGAUAUGUUUUUCGUGCAGAAAUCGAAACAUGCGCUCAAAGAGGAAAAACGCGGCGUACGGAACGUACCAAAGGGGAUUGAGAGUGAUUUAAAGUACGAGUACGGGUCGCUUCCUACACCGGCGCAGACAAAUGAGUCGUUGUAUUCUGUCUUCUAUGUAUCUGGCAGUAUCAUCCCCACGUACCUGCCCAGCAUGCGUGUGUGGACGUACAAUACAACGCAGCCGCACCGUUACACUGACACCAUGCGCGAACAGGUCCAAACGGAGGCCACGAGGAUCUCAACAGCUCAGUCUGAACGCAAAUACACACGUCCCGACCGUGAAACGCAUUCCAAGCACGACCAUGAGCAGCCGCGGUUUGUGUCGGACAACGCGCCGUCGCGCACAAAUAUGUACUUGACCUUACUUGGCUACAGCGAAUGGACCGCUAAUUUGGACGCUGCGAACCAAAAGUACGAUCGCAUGCUUCAAAGGCAGGGAAAAGCGGCGGCGGACGCGCUAUCUUUGGUAUUUGAUCUUGCGUACACUACCUAUCAUCCCACCACUCUGUGGCACGACUACAUGCCUGGCCCAAACCAAGCAUUGCAAACGCCCGUGCCGAAGCACCUGCUUGAUGCUGUAUUGAAAAAGCGUAAGGUACCGAACCCUAUCGAAUGCAAUAGGCACGGCUCUGAUUGCAAGUCUGUGCGUGCAUUGCGCGAUUUGAGCGACUAUGCUUUGGCAGACAUGACGCUCGGGUCGCUCAUGCAAUUUGCACGCCGCUUGGUAGCUAAUUCUUGGCUGUGGAACCGGUACGUCCACCGCAUGUACGCAGGUAUUCCUUGGGCAUUCGUGUAA